AUGGGAUCUUUCCACAGAACAAUUGGGAUUUUCUCCUGUUUCUUGACUCUUUGCAAAGGACAAGAUAUGAGUCCUAUUCUAACAUCUGAUGCUACUUUUAUUGGAUCCCCAGGAGUACGAGCUAGACUAACGUUGACUGGAGUGACAAAUGUGGCUCGAAUCGUGGCAAAGAAUCUUGCUCCAGAAAUCGCUCAAGCUGAUGCAUUUGUUCUUAUGGCUCCACACAAACUUUCUCAAUUUUCUCUAUCAGCUUCAUCACCAAAAUUGCGUCUUUUUGGAGACGUCAAUCAGGUUGUUGUUAAUAUGGUUCCCAUUGGUGCUAUUACAACACACAUUACGAAUAUUAAUGCCAGUAUUGCUUUCACUGUCAAUGGUGCGAUGAAUGGAAGAACGAUCGCCGGUUCGAUUGAUCUUUUUUCUGAGGGUUUUGCUGUUGAUGUGACAUUGAAUGUGAAACGAAAUUCAAGAGGAAAUCCACUAAUAACUAUUCUUUCUUGUCAUGGAGUGGCACCAAAGAAAGCGAUCACGGUGCGUUCCACCUCUGUCAAAGCACCAGCUCUUCAACAACUUCAAUCAACAGCAGCCACUUGGGUACCGAGCUUGUUCGAAGCAGUGGUUUGCCCACGUUUAGAGUUUAUUGUCGAACAUCGCGUCAAUCAACGAUUCGCUCUUUUACCUUCAAAGAUCACACUCCAACAAACGGCCAAUUUCGACUUAAUGCGUGCCAUGAUUGAGGCAGAUCGGGAAAUUCGCCGAAAAGCUAGACAAAAUCGUCGCCACCGCCGUGAUACUGGCACAGGUUCUUUGCAAGCUUUCAUCUCAAGCAAUUUCAACUUGUCUCGCGCUGAAGGACUUGUUCUCGACUAUGGAGUUCUCUCGAGUCCGAUUAUCUCUAGUCGAGGAAUUGAGAUUGAAUCUUCUGGAGAAAUCUCAGCAUUUGGUGUACAAACUCCAUUUGGACCAAAGCCGAUUUCAUUACCAGCAACAGUGAGCAAUGAAAUGUUUGAGAUUGUCGUCUCAGACUUUGUUCCGAAUUCUUUUAUGUAUCAUGGUCAUCGAAUUGGAAUUUUCAAUACUCGUGUCGAUCCGAAAACGCCUCACUUUGGGCCAACAAUGCGAACCUCAUGCGAUUUGGAUUCGGGCUCUCUUUUCUGUGUCGGUGACUUGUUCCCCACGCUCCGUGACGAAUUCCCCGAUCGAGAACUCGUCUUUCUUUUCUCGACCCUUCGUGCUCCUGUUGUUGUUGUUCAUUCUGAGAAAGACGGAGGGAUAAAGUUCGAGCUUCUUGGUUUAAUACAAGUGAUGCAAAUUGAUCCAAUCACAAAACGAGAAACCCCACUUGGAUCUAUGGAAAUUGAACUGGAUGCGAAGAUGCAAAUGCGAAUCACAAGCAAAGUCGUCAAGGGGAAGGUCAUCCUUGACAAUAUCACUUUACGCACUCGUACACCAAAAGUUUUGGUCCAAGAAGAGCUUGAUGAUGCCUCAUUAUUGUCACGGGAAAUUCUUCAGAGAAUGGUUAAUGACAUCAUUCGACAAGGCGUUCCCAUUCCCGUUCAUCCGCUCUUUCGUCUUCGGAAACCGAAUUUACGUCUAUCAGAACGGUCGUUGAUUCUUGAGACGGCUUUCACACUCAACAAGCGUCUCAUCUCGCAGCUGACUGCCGCUCAACUUUCGCGUGCU